CAACGACAUAAAGUCAAUAUUACCAAUGAAAAGCGGGCAUCGUUGACAUACAAACCUUAGUCAGUGUAAAGGUGGCGUACAUAUCUUCAGCAGAGCGCUAGCACCGUAUGGAUACUGGUUGAAUCGAACUCUGUGAUCCACUAGUUCGGGAAGACAGAAGUCUCAUCUUUUGCUCCCGUCGCUGUUUAUACAAACCACGUACGGGGAAAUUUCGAGUUUGGCUGGACAGAACACAGACAAUGAGUACGUCACUAGUGGGCCUGGUAUUCUGCUUGACUCUUAGUUUUAUGCUAUGCCAAAUACAAGCCUUAACUGUGGAGAAUGAAGAAACAAUCACAUUCAGUGAGCUCAAUACAAUGUACGGUACUAGGACUCUUACUGACUGGCAGGGUAAGUGGACAAGCGAAACAAUUCACGCGUGCGGAUCGAAUCUGUAUCGUAUCUCCGAGUACGUCUGUUACGUGGACAUACAUAAAUCCCCAGACCGGAAAAGAACUGAUGAUGCUUUCGUUGACUCGGCAGUGGCUCAUGAUUUUCUGAGAGGGCUUAUGGAAAAACGAACAUUAAGACGAUAUAGAAGGACAUCUGCUACCAGCGAGUGCUGCGCCGACGACGGAGGUUGUGUCUGGGAAGAAUUGGCAGAGUACUGCACUCACCAACGGGAAGUCAGAACGAUGGACGAAUAG